UGGCCCGGGCUGCGCUCUGAGCCAGGUAAGGGAUAGGAAAGCUGUGGGCCACGGAAGGGCGGGCAUCGGUACCAGUCGGGUCCCCCAUCAAUACCCGGCGGGAGUGGGCUCAGAGACUGACACCUGAGGAGUUUCGGAGAACUCGCUUUCCGCCCCCUCCCCCCUUAACUUUGUCCCCUUCCCGUGACCCCUCAUCCUAAUAUCUCUUUUCAAGGACCAGCCCUGUCCCCACCCUGUCGUACUGCCCUCCAAGACUUUUCGACCCCGUUUCCAUUUGUUUAGAGGGGAGGGGUCCUGAUUUCCCGCUCUUCUGGAGAAAGGGAUACCCUACCAUCUUCGCUCUUCUCUCGGCUGCCCUACCCUCUUUCCUCGCGUGGCCAGUAAAACCUCGAGGAGAAACAGGGAGAGCCAGGCAGAGCCGUGGGGGUCGGAGCCAGGGCCCUACGGGAGCUUCCCGGCCGCCUCCCCCUUGCACACACCCUCUCCCCUCCGCGACGGGGGAAGAGUGCUCAGCUCCCGCUGUGGUCCCGCAGGCACCGCGUUCGUUUUGGGAGGAGAGACUCCCGGGUCGCGGGAUGGAAGUUCACGUUCAGGAAGCUGUGUAACCGGAGCCGCGGGAGCCAGAGAGCAGAGAGCGCGGCAAGUCACUCAGCUCAGCCGGUGGAUGUUGACCGCCCCCUCGGAGAGUCCCAGCAGAUAUGGCGGAGAGCUGGCUGCGCCUCUCGGGAGCAGGGCCGGUGGAGGAAGCCGGGCCGGAGGGCUGCCUGGAGGAGCCGGACGCCCUGGAUGACAGCCUGACCAGCCUGCAGUGGCUGCAGGAAUUCUCCAUUCUCAACGCCAAGGCUCCUUCUCUCCCCCCUGGGGGUACGGACCCCCAUGGCUACCACCAGGUGCCAGGCUCAACGGCGCCGGGGUCCCCGAUGGCGGCUGACCCCGCCUGCCUGGGGCAGCCGCACACGCCAGGCAAGCCCACGUCGUCGUGCACGUCGCGGAGCGCGCCCCCGGGGCUGCAGGCCCCGCCCCCCGACGACGUGGAUUAUGCCACCAACCCGCACGUGAAGCCUCCCUACUCCUAUGCCACGCUCAUCUGUAUGGCCAUGCAGGCCAGCAAGGCCACCAAGAUCACCCUGUCGGCCAUCUACAAGUGGAUCACGGACAACUUCUGCUAUUUCCGCCACGCUGAUCCCACCUGGCAGAAUUCCAUCCGCCACAACCUGUCGCUGAACAAGUGCUUCAUCAAAGUGCCUCGGGAGAAGGAUGAGCCAGGCAAGGGGGGCUUCUGGCGCAUCGACCCCCAGUACGCUGAGCGCUUGCUGAGCGGGGCCUUCAAGAAGCGGCGGCUGCCCUCAGUCCACAUCCACCCGGCUUUUGCCCGCCAAGCUGCGCAGGAGCCCAGCACCGCCCCCUGGGCUGGCCCGCUGACCGUGAACACCGAGGCCCAGCAGCUGUUGCGGGAGUUUGAGGAGGCCACAGGGGAGGUGGGCUGGGGAGCGGGCGAGGGCAGGCUUGGGCAUAAACGCAAGCAGCCGCUGCCCAAGCGGGUGGCCAAAGUCCUGCGGCCCCCAAGCACCCUGCUGCUGACCCAGGAAGAGCAGGGAGAGCUGGAACCUCUUAAAGGCAACUUUGACUGGGAGGCCAUCUUCGAGGCUGGCACUCUGGGCGGGGAGCUGAGCACCCUGGAGGCCCUGGAGCUAAGCCCACCACUGAGCCCCACCUUGCAUGGGGAUGUAGACCUCACCGUCCAUGGCCACCACAUUGACUGCCCUACUACCUGGGGUCCUCCAGCGGAGCAGGCUACCGACAGCCUGGACUUCGAUGAGACCUUCCUGGCCACAUCCUUUCUGCAGCACCCCUGGGACGAGAGCGGCAGUGGCUGCCUGCCCCCAGAGCCCCUAUUCGAGGCAGGGGAUGCCACCCUGUCCGCUGACCUGCAGGACUGGGCCAGCGUGGGUGCCUUCUUGUAAGAGGCGAGGCCCCACCCCACCUCCGGACAGUGCCCAGGUCAGGGCCCAGAACUGCCCCCAAACACGGCCCGUGAACACCCCACCGCCCAGGCAGGGGCUGGGCCACUUUUCCCUAGGCUGGCUGCACGAGGCCAUCUGCCACCAGCCCAGGAUGUCCUCAGAUUCAAGCCCAGGAGGCUGAGAACUGGGGGCCCAGGACCAGAAUUGCCGCCUCCACUCAGCCCCCCUCUACACAGUGUUUCAUUAAUCCGCGACUCCCCACCCCAGGAACUGGGCCUGGAGGGGCCUGGCAAGGCUGGGGAGGAACAGAAUAGGGCCCUCCCCAGAGCUCUUCCACUUCACCCCUCUCCCGACUCCCUCCCGCUUCCCCAGGUCUCUAUCCAGAGAAAGUUCCCAGGUACAACAAAUGCUAAUUAGGUGACAGCAAAUUAACCCCCUGGGGACCUCUCUCCACAGAGCCUCCCUGGGGCCAGGG